AUGAGUGAGAGGUCGGGAAGGGAGAGUGAGAAAGAAGACGCUUUAAUCGGUCAGAGUGAGACAGGGGGGACGAAGGUAGAGAGGUGGUUAGCGGUGGGAGGUAGGUGGGGUGAAGGCAGUGAGGCAAGGAGUAGGGAGCAGCAGAAACUCGACGACCGGAGCGACGCGGGGAAGGGAAGGAGAGGAAGACCAACGAAGGCUGAGAGCUUGGGAAGAGGUAGAAGGGAUAGUAGUGGUAGCAUAGCCUCGCUGUGGUCUAAAAGAGGGAGAGAGAGCGACUCUGAACACGAGUUGGAGGAAGAGGGAGAGACGGUGAAGGGUGUGAAACGAGUGAAGGAAAAUUUGAGCAUCGACGACGAAACCCAGGAAGGAAAAAGGGAAGAUAGGAUGGAUGAAAUAGAGAGAAUGAUGAGGAAGCUGCUGAAGGAAACAAAGGAGGAAAUUUUGAAGAAAUUAGAACAAAUAGGGGAAGAGAUAAGAAAGGAAGUAAGAAAGGAAAUGAAGGAUGAAAUAAGGAAAAUAAGAGAAGAGGGAGAAAAGAAAGGAGAGAAAGUGGAGCGUGAACUGGAAGAAAUGAGAAAAAAGGUACAGGAGAUGGAGAAGAAAAGAACAGAUCAAGAAAGAAGAGAGAGAAGAUUAAAUAUUGUAAUAAGGGGGGCUGAAAUUAAAGGGGAAAAUGUAAGAGAGGCAGUGGAUGGAGUGUUUGAGAAACUAGGAGUGAGGGAGAAAGCGAUACAGUUGAAUGAGGUGUAUAAAGUAAGAGUGAAAGAAAAUGAAUGCCUGAUAGUGGCGAAAUUGAGAAGUAUGGAUGAUAAGAGAAUGAUCAUGGAUAAAAAGAGUAGGUUGAAAGGAACGAGAGUGUAUGUUGAUGAUGAUAUGACGAAGAGUGAAAGAGAGAGACAGAGCGAGAUUAGAAAAUGGGCGAAAAAUGAGAGUGAAAAAGAAACGUGGGUGGAUGAAAAAGAGUGGGAAAGGUUGGAAAGGAAGAUGCCAGAGGGGUGGAAAUGGAGAUGUCAGCCGGCCGAGAAAGAUUGUAAGAAGGGACGAGCGAAAGGGGGAAUCGUGACUGGCGUGAGAAGGGAAUUGGAGGAAAAGGAAGUUGGGUAUGAGGAGAAGGAAGGGUUGCAAGAAAGAGAGGUAGUGAUAGAUAGAGAAAGGUGGAGGUUUAUGAUGGUGUAUAAUAGAGAGGGACGGAAAGAAGGGCUGGAAAAAAUGAAAGAGGUGAUAAGAGAGGAUAAUGAAGGAAGGUUAGUAAUAGCGGGGGACUUUAAUGCUAGAAUAGGAAAGGAAGGAGGGUGGGGUGAGCUAAGCAUGGAAAGGGGGGAGACGAGCGAGAAGGAGAGGGAAUCUAAGGAUAAAAUGAUUAAUAAACAAGGACGGGAUUUGAUGGAGGUGAUAGAGGAAAGAGGAUGGAUGGUGCUAAAUGGCAGCAAGGAAGGAGACGAGGAAGGGGAGUGGACCUAUGAAAAAGGGGGAGGGAAGUCGGUGAUUGAUUAUGGGAUAGUAAAUUGGGAAGCUUGGAAGAGAGUAGAAAGAUUUGAAGUAGUGUGUAGGGUGGAAUCGGACCACCUGCCAAUUGUAAUAGAUUUAGGGAGAUGGUAUGAAAGAGGGGAGGGGAGAGAAGAAGAAGAAAGGGUACAGGAUUGGUCAGGUGAGGGUGUACGGAAAUUUCGCCAGGCAUUAGGUAAGAUUGAAUGGAAAGGGGAAGGGGUACAAGAGGCGUGGGAGGAGUUAGAGAGAGAAGUAAUUGGAGCGGUAGAGUGGAGAAGUAAGGUGAGGAGGAAAGGGAUAGGGUGGUGUCCAUGGUGGGAUUCAGAAUGUAGGGAGAAAAAGAGAGAAAUGCAUAAGGCGAGGAGAAGGUAUAGGAAAGAACAGGUAGAAGGGCGGCAUGAAGAGUUUGAAAGAUGUAGGAAGGAAUAUAGAGAGUUAUGCGAAAAGAAACAAGAGGAACAAAAGAGGAAGGAGGAAAAGGAGGUGGAAAAAAUAAGAACGGAAGCAGAAGCGUGGAAAUUCAUAAAUAAGAGGAGGAAGAAAAAGGAGAAUGUAUGCGGAAAUAUUAAAAUGGAGGAAUGGGUAAAGCAUUUUAUGGAAGCUCUAGGCGGGGUGGAGGAAAGAAAAGUGGAGGUGGAAGGAAGAAGGGGAAUAAAUAGGACGGAAGACGAGGGAAUAGGAGAGGAGGAGAUACAAAAUGAAGUAAGAAGGUUGAAAAAGGGUAAAGCAGCUGGGAUAGACCAGAUAAGAAAUGAAGCAUGGAAGGAAGGAGGAGAAAAAGUGGGGAAAAGAUUGGGAGAGGUGCUAAAGAUGGUAUGGGAGGGGAGAGGAUUUCCUGAGAGAUGGAGGGGUGGAGUGGUAGUUCCGAUAUGGAAGAGAGGAGAGAGAAGAGAGCCGGGGAAUUAUAGAGGGGUUACAAUGACGAGCACGGGAUAUAAAAUAUAUGCGAAUAUCCUGAAUCGAAGAUUAGUAAAAGAAAUGGAUGAACAAGAAGGGUGGUGCAGGACGCAAGCUGGUUUCAGGAAAGGAAGAGGUACCGUGGAGAAUGUAAAGAUAUUAAAACAUAUAAUAGGGAGGAAGAUAGAAAGGAAGAAGAAAGUGUGGGCAUUCUUUAUGGAUCUGAAAGGAGCUUUCGAUAGAGUGGAUAGGAAGGUGUUGUGGGAUAUGAUGAGAAAGAGAGGAGUGAGCGAAGGAUUAAUAGAUAGAGUAAGGGAGGUUUAUGAGGAGACUUGGUGCGUGGUGAGGGUAGGACAGAAAAUGUCAAAAAAAUUCUGGGUGGAGAAUGGAGUGAGGCAGGGUUGCCCGAUGAGCCCGACGCUCUUUAAUAUAUACAUGGCGGAUAUUGAGGAAGAGUUAAAGAAAAGAAAUGGAGGAGUUAAGGUGGGAAAUGAGAAGGUAUGGUCAAUAGAGUACGCGGACGAUAUUGUGUUGAUAGCAGAGGAAGAAGAAGGUCUCAGAGAUAUGAUAAGGGGGGUAAAAAAGUACUUAGCAGAGAAGAAAUUAGAGUUGAGUGUGGGGAAGUCGAAGGUGAUGGUCUUCAGGAAUAAAGGAGGGAGGGAGAAGGAAAGAUUCUGGUGGUGGGGGGGAGAAAGAAUAGAAGAAGUGAAGGAAUACAAAUAUUUGGGAUACGUAAUGACUAAGUGUGGAGGAGAAAAAGAGCACGUAAGAGAGAGGAUAAGAAGAGCAAGAGUGGCAAUGGGAUGGAUAUGGAGUUACGGAGAGAGAAAAUUUAAGGGAGAUGUAAAAUGGAAACUAAAACUCUUUGACAGUAUAGUGAAAGGAAUUUUAUUUUAUGGGGUAGAAGUGUGGGGAUAUAGGGAAUGGAAGGAGGUGGAAGCGGUGCAGGAGAAAUACUUGAAGUGGAUUUUAGGUUUGGACAGGGUAACACCAGGGUAUAUAGUGAGGGAGGAACUAAAAAGGAAUAAACUGAGGGUGGAAACGGGUUGGAGGGCUGGAAGGUUUGAAGAGAAAUUAGAAAAAGGGAAGGGAGGAGAAAUAGGGAUGAAAUGUAUGGUUGAGAAAAGAAAAGAGGAGAGGGAGAAGAAGAGGUGUGAAUGGCCAAGGGAGAGUUUAGAAAGGGGAAACUAUUUAUGGAGGGGUGGUAUGAGCGAGCUUGCGAUGAGAGAAUGGGGAGAGAAUAAAUGGGAACGCUUGAGGGAAAGAGACAUAGAAGUAGAUGAACAAGAGAGAGGGGAGGAAGUGAGGAGGUCAAGGUCGUGUAAGGGGUAUGAAAGGGUGAAUGGAUUACCAAGGUAUAUAUGGGUGUGUAAGAGAAAUGAGGGGAAGAGGUUGGUAAGGAUAGCUAGGUGGAGAUGUGGGAAUGAGGAAAGAGGGAAUAAGUAUUGGAUGAGUGAGGAGGAGAGAAAGUGUAGGUUGUGUGGACGAGAAAGAGAAACAGUUGAGCAUCUGAGGAGGGAGUGUGACUAUGUGAGGGAAAAGGGAGAAAGAGGUCCAGAUCUGGAGAAUAUGGUGGGUGUGGCAGUAUAUCCCAUCCAAGCUGUAAAAGCUUUUGGCGAGUUACCAAACUUGUAUGAGGUCUCGCAUUAUCUUGGUGGAACUACACUUUUCUAUUGA